GAUCCUUAUUCCCCAUCACUAACGAUCGAAACCUCGCAAGCACCAGAUGACGGGAUGUUACCGACAGGCUAUAAUUACUCAAUUAUUUGCAUCAGUAAAAUUUCCGAAAAAUUCCAUGGAAACCCAUACUAUGGUCAGCCAUAUUGGAUACAGAUUUUCUUUAAUGAUGCCUACGUAAGAAGUUGCGGUGGUAGAAGCAGCGACAGCGAAGACUCAAAAAUAUGUACGUACCCCAUUGUGAAUUCCGUAGAGGCUGAUUCUGGAAAUUAUAGCUGUGUGGCACGCAACCAGCUGUCCUGCAUUAUUGGGACAUUACCCGUCAAGUUUGAAAGUAAGUUUGCCGUUAUUUGUCAAUUUUGUCCUUUUAGCCCUUGAUUUGCUUUAGUUGUGCACAAGGGGCCAAAAAGUUAAAUUAAAACUAGCAAAAUGAUUUUGCAACUAAGACUUACACAGCGAGUUUCUUUCCCUUUUCACUGCUUAGAGCCGACACUUCCAACCGUAACUUUAAACCCACCUCAGGAUUUCAACGUUUCCUAUGGAAGUACAGUCAACUUUACAUGUGAGGCAAGAGGAUCUCCCAAACCUAAAAUCACUUGGUAUAAAGAUGGCAGGCCCCUCUUUGGAAGGAACAUCCAGAACGUACAGGGAAUUUCACAACUAACCUUGGAAUCCGUUACAUCAUAUGACGGGGGCGAGUACUGGUGUGAGGCAAAAAACUCAGAAGGAUGGAGAACAUCCAUCAAUACGACUAUUAAGGGUUAGUUAUUUCUGGCUCAGACACCAUUGAAUCAUCGUGUUUAUUUCAUUGCUUUCUCAAGCGGUCAGGUGUUGGUUGCAUGCUUCAUUUACAUUAUUCUAUCACCUGAAGUGUUUUCUUGGUAUCUUCACUGUAACCCAAUGAAUAUCAACUUUCCUUUCACUGUAGUUCUCUCAGUGCCAGUCAUACUGGUUCACCCAAGCAACGUCUCCUUAAACCUGGAGGAAACAAAUAUAAAGGUGAUCUUCUUCUGCAAGGUUAUUGGUUUCCCUCGUCCUUCUAUAACUUGGCUAAAGAACGACUCUACCUUGACUGGUGGUAUGGUGGUUCAGAAUGGCAGCAGCUCAUCUCUUGUGCUUCAAAGUGUGACAAAAGAGGAAACCUUCGCAAGAUAUAAAUGCAUUGCCAAGAACUCUCUCGGAGAAGUGUCAUCAAAAGAGGGAGUGCUGGUAGUCCGUGAACAGAUUCAACAUUCAGGUGCCUGCUUGGGUUAUAUUUUAUCCUGUUAUGUAUAAAGAUGAACGCUUAACGACUAAUAUAAUGCUGGAAUAAUUUCGCUGUUAUCUUCUUCUGUUAUUCCUUUGUGAUUUCGCCUUGAUUCUUUUCUACGGUUGCAUCAACCCUAACAUAGGCUAAGGGUCUUAAUUUUUGAUACUAGGUAUUACAAAGGGACAACGCCCUUUCUAUUUCCAGCCAAGAAGCAUCAAGGCUAUCACAGGAGACCACGUGGUUUUCGUGUGUGCCGUGGAGGGUAGUCCUGUCCCACAAAUCGUGUGGUUAAAAGAUGGUUCAGCAAAUGUGGACGGUAACAUUGAUUACUACUCAGGAGAGCAAAGUGCCACUUCUGUGCUCAAGAUCUACCCCGUGAGUGAGAGCCACGUUGGUCGUUAUUCAUGCGAAGCAACAAGAUUCGCGGGAAAUGCAAUCUCACAGGAGGCAGUACUCGUCAUAACAGGCAAGGAUAAAAAGAGGCUGAGUCGUUCAAACUUUUUGUGUACCUGAGGCCAUUAUAAAAUAGGUAAUCCUGCAUUAUAACGACAUCGCACUCUUAACUUUAUUAUUUUUCAUUUUAGAUAAAGAAUCCUCUCAUUCCACAUUGUGCAUAUCCAAAGCUGUGUGGGUCCCAGUUGCUACAGGAGCUUUUGUACUACUUCUUAUUGUCAUUUCGAUAUUUUUUGUUCACGUCAGAAAUAAAAAUGCCAAAUUCAACAUCGCGAAAAAGGUAAGAUGGUACAAAUGUUACUUUCCUGUCGUUGUUGUUUUUUUUUGUGAAAAACUUAUUGACAGAGACUGAUUUAUUAGAUAUACACUACAGUGCAGUCUAAAACGGUGAUAUCUGUUUAUAUUGGUCUUCCAGAUGGGAGAAGAUAACCAAUUCCCACAUCUUCACACCCAAGACGAUAUGAUAUGUCAACAAAGAGGAGACAGUAAAGCCCCGCGAUAUCAGAUGACAAACUUGGCAUUUACAAAUCUGUGA